AUGGCCGACGCUCUCCUCCUUCCGCGCCGCUUCCUCGCGCCGUCGUCAGCCGCAUCCGGCGCCUCUUCAUCCGCCUCUUCGUCCCCUUCGUGUCGUUGGGUGCUCUCGUCGCCCGGCUCCCCGCGGCGGGCGCGCCUGGCGGCCGCUCACCCGCAACCCCGGCCUCGCCGGCUCACUCGACACAAGACUUAUGCAGCAGAGCGAGAGAGUGGUGAGCAACCGAAAUGGUGGGAGAAAAAUGCUGGACCAAACAUGAUUGACAUCCGCUCCACAGUGGAGUUCUUGGAUGCACUUAGAGAUGCUGGAGACAGGCUUGUUAUUGUUGAGUUCUACGGAACCUGGUGCGGUUCGUGCAGGGCUCUCUUUCCAAGGCUCUGCCGGACAGCUUUGGAGAAUCCUGAUAUAUUGUUUCUAAAAGUGAACUUUGAUGAAAACAAACCUAUGUGCAAACGACUGAAUGUCAAAGUCCUUCCUUUCUUCCAUUUUUACCGCGGAGCUGAUGGGCUACUGGUGGCUUUCUCCUGUUCCUUAGCUAAGAUUCAGAAGCUGAAGGAUGCCAUUGCAAUGCACAACACUGCUCGUUGCAGCAUUGGUCCACCUGUUGGAGUUGGCGAUGUUGAGUUGCUGGAGAGCGCGAGCCCUCAAGAGAAACCUGCAGAAGCUAGCCCACGGUAG